CUGACUUUCAAUCACAAAUCAUUUUUACUGCCAAAAUUAUCUUAUUGCUUUUAAAUAAUAGAAAUUCUGGGAACUAAAUGCAACCGAUUUCUCUAAUCAUGAUAUGUCCCUGAAUUGGAAAGAUGCCAUAUUGAAAAAUUUCCAGCUCAAAUUGAUGAAUCAACAAACUCCGAGUGGGUACGCCGCUGAAACUAUUCAUGAGAUAAUUCCUGGCUUAUUUCUAGCAGGAUACAAAGAAGCAGCCGAUAGUGAUCUCAUGACCAAAAAGGGAGUAACCCAUAUUGUCUCACUGACUGAAUGCCCAACAAAAUUAUAUUCGAAUCGAGAAUCUCUAAUAAUACCUUGCAAAGAUAUAUUGAGUCAACAUAUGUUAGACUUCAUUCCUAGAGUCAAUGAUUAUGUACAUACGUCAAGGUUUAAAGGAGGAAAAGUCUUGGUGCAUUGUAUGUGCGGUGUAUCAAGAGGCCCCACCAUGGUAAUAGCUUAUUUAAUGUCUGCCACCAACUUAACCUCUCAAGAGGCUUAUAAUUCUGUGAUAUCCCUUAGAACAUUUAUAUGUCCAAAUCCUAGUUUUCGGCAGCAAUUAGUAGAAUACGAAAUAUCAGGUGCUCUUCAACAAGAGCGAAUCCGAUUAAGAUCAAGAUACCCGGUUAACGACAAUACACGUAAUGACGAAAUAAUUUGCAGAGAACGUAUUUUAAAAUGUCUCAAGGAUCCAUCAAGUCCAUUUUUCAGUAAGUUUCCGGAUUUUUAUUUUGAUCCCCGAUCACAAUAUCCAAAUAAACCUGCUCAAAUGGGUAAUAUGAUACAGCAGCAACAGUUCAACCCCGCAUCUCAAAAUUAUAACAGAAAUCUAGAUGCUGCUGCUAAUGAACAAAAUCAGCAAUAUAAAACACUCCCUAGGAAAGCCGGGGGUAUGCCCUAUGAUAACAUGGAUAAUAAUGUAGUAAUGCUCUCACCAAAUAAUUCGGAUGGUCGAAUAUUUUGCAAUAUAAGUAAUCCAAGAGUGCCAAACACGAAAAAUCAAGUUUUGAGUCCAGAAAAAUCAAAAGAUGUAAUCCGAAAUAUGAAAUUUUCGAACAAUGGUGAAUAAGAAUAAAAUU